AUGGCGACUGAGGGGUCUCGUCACACCGCUCAGCGCCCAGUUGCCCUCGACGAUGCCGUUCAGCAGCUCCUCCAUCAACAGGCCGAGAUUCAAGCCAAACUCGCAGAUCUCCUACCCGCCACCUACCGUCACAAUGUGAAGCUUGAGCUCUCCAUGCUCCGACACAAGCUGCGAGCUCUCCAUGCCUAUGUACAUCACCACGAGCAACUACCUGUCGCCCCUGUUCUUUGCGAGGCCGAGGAAGCAAGAUCACUGCAGUAUCGCUGUCUGAAUCUCACCAACCCCACGUUCAUUGAUGCCCUCAAGCGGCCUGUCGAACACCUUGCCCCAGUCGGCUAUGCCGCCUGGCUCGACCAAAACCUUGCGCGGUAUGACCCAGUCUUCCGCACCUGGUCCAUGAGAGCCGCCGCACCAAGCCCGUCCUCCUUGAACUUCACAUCGUUCAAAUGUUGGGAUGAGGACUGCCCUCAUUACAUCUACGGGUUCUCCAGGAAGGAUGAUCGGAAUGCUCACGCCAGAGGGCAUGACAUGGCCAAGCACCGGGACUCGGGGCUCUCCAUCGGCGGUCCGGCGUCCCUCCCCUUCUCCGGUCUCCCAGCCGCCCCUAACCCUUCGACGUAUGAGCAACCGGGCAACAGGGCCCAACCCCAAACAAUGCAGCAGCUCCCUAGGCCGCAUCCCGCUCACACGCUACCCCCAAUAGCAACUUCAUUACUGCCAAGAGACCGAUCCGACUCUCUCAGUACUCGACCAGGCUCUAGCGACCUUCCAGGGUCAGCAAGGCAAGCAAUCUACGCCGAUCUCGACUCCCACUUGCCACCUCUGGCGCGAAGUCGGGUUGGCCAACCUCGACUGCAAUCUAUCGGCGAACUAAAGCUGGACCCGGAUGCAGGAUCAUGCUUACAAUGCCGAAUACUGCAUCAGUCUGUAGGUCUCCACGGGCACUGCGUCCCCCCGUUUUCACAGGCUCACAAUUCCCAGUGCGACGCCGUCGACCCUUGUUCUCAUUGUGCAAAACAACUCCAACAGCCUGGCAAUGAUGGUCACAAGCUUUUGGGGUGCCAUCGCGGCCCCCUUGAGAAUGUCUCGGAUCUGCUUCUUGCAGCUCCUGCGACGCCAAGGCAGAUGCAAACGCCUUUGACCUCGCCGCUCGCUCAGCGCCGAAAUAUCAAUGACCACCUCGAAAAUACGUAUUCGAUAUCUGCUGCAACGCUUGUUGACCUCAGAGCAAAUCUCGACUUCGAUGAUGGGUUUUGGUCAGCGGAGGAGCUGGCCAGCGUGUCGUCACACAACUCCAAUCUGGCACACUACUCGAGAGAAUCGACAAGCCGACCACCGCCUAUUCUGGCCAUACUAUUUGCUAGCUGGAACACAGACAACACUGCGUACAACCUCAUGCACUUCUUGAAAGCCACCGGACAACUAUCUGCUAGCAGAGAGGCGGAGAAGACGGCAUAUCCAGCGCUUUACCGCGCGAAGCUGCUCUUGCGUGAAGCUGUGUUUUGGAAUUUGCAACAGCAAUCGCCAUCUAUACACCUGCGUGGUGGCUCCAGAAUCCCGCAUCAAGUCCCGGAGGACGUUGAUUACGAUGGCCACUAUAAGCUCUUGUAUGAUUGCUUAACGCAGUUCUUACAGGCCUUCGAAGCCGCGGCAUUACACAGACAGAGGUUUGACUUCAAAGCGUCGCUUGCCAUGUUUAUGUCUGUCUGCCUGUUCAGUGCCAUCCGAACCAUUUUUGCCGACACACUUACGACUUUACCACGACGCCAUGCUUUGCCACAACAAGGGUUGAAACAGGAGGUGUCUUUCGCGGGCCUGUCUCAAAUCGACAGCGUUUACAAACUCCUGAUUAUCAGCUGCAAGUCGAUGGGUGCUACACCUUUUGAUGACCCAACUAUUCCAGAAAUCGAAUCGUGCAGCGCCGCCUUUCGGUUACUGGAAACGAUCAUCCAGAGACACCAGUGGGCCGCUCAAGGUGUCUGGUCUUGCUGUGACUUCCUAUCCCGGCUGGGCAGUGGUGCAGUCGAAGGCAAUACGACGUACGUUGGAUUUCUCAAACCCACAACGUGGCCAUACAGUGAUCGCUUUGCUGUUCCCGCGCCGAGUGCGAGGCCCAUGGAUGAACCCCAGACGCCCUUGUCCAAUUCUCGAAGCACGGGCGAGCCUUGGAACCCGAGCAUCCAGAUCUUGCCCGAUCGAGACUCAUUCAUGCCCCAAACUAGUGUCGAUCACCUGGUAUCGCCCAUUGGUUAUGACCACACCAGCCGGAGACAGAAUGCGAACAAGAGCCCCCCCUUCCAACGGCAGGGGUCUUCGCGGCCAUCAGACCUGCCAACGCUGCAUAGUCGGGGGAGGGUAUCUUAUCAACGGACACCUCUACGGAGGGUCUACUGCAGCAAAUGCAACGAAUAUCCCGAAGGCUUUAGGGGCGAACAUGAGUUGCGAAGGCACACCGAUGCGAAACAUGCCGCCAUGGUCAAACGAUGGGUCUGUGCAGAGCCUGACGGCUACACAUCUCCCGUGCCGAAACCCGUUGUGCCGCUGGCGAAAUGCAAGGCAUGCGUUACGCAGAAGAGGUAUGGCGCAUACUACAACGCGGCGGCACACCUUCGUCGUGCCCACUUCAAUCCUCACAGGGGCGGUAAGGCUAGCGGCGAUUGGCCACCGAUGACGAUAUUAAAAGACUGGAUGAAAGAAAUCCGGCAGUCAGUGGAUGUACAGGAGGACCAACAAGACGACUCCAGCGGCGACGAAGGCGAGGGCGAAAGUGAGUAUAAGCCGCACAAUGACUACGACAUUCGAAGUCGGGUUGAGUCGCCAACACUCUCUGUCCCGCCGUUGGCUCCGGCACCGGCACGGGGGCUGAUGCCAGCGCCUCCAUCGUCCUUGGAGGUUUUAGAGCCCAUGCAGCAGGGCAACACAUCCGCCCGGCCUUUUGAGAACAGGACGAGAUGUCCACACCCCGACUGCGGCAAGGUAUUCAAAGACUUGGCAGCACACAUGCUUACACACCAAGAGGAACGACCCGAGAAGUGUCCUAUCGACACGUGCGAGUAUCACACAAAAGGUUUUGCGCGAAAGUACGACAAGAACCGACAUGCUUUGACACACUACAAAGGAACGAUGAUCUGUCCAUUUUGUCCCGGGAUCGGUUCGGCGUUUGAAAAGGCUUUCAAUCGGGCUGAUGUCUUCAAAAGACACCUGACGUCUGUACACAACGUCGAGCAGACACCGCCCAACAGCCGAAAGUUUGUCGCCAGUGGUCCAGGCCCCAGCGCUACAGUCAAAGAGGGAGCCCGGUGCUCCAUCUGCCAUGCUGAAUUUAACACGGCCCAGGAUUUCUACGAGCAUCUCGAUGACUGUGUACUAAAUGUCAUCGUGCCGGCGACAACGCCGUCCAUGCGCACAGGCUCAUCUUUGGCUGAGAAUACUGGCACUGUUUCGAUGCACGAAGAAAGAGAUUCGGAAAUGGAGGACGAACGGAAGCCUCCCGCAACGAUGUUGAUACCAGAAGGUGUGAAUUAUGGGGGGCCGUGA